UUUUAACAUUUGUGUCACAGACUCCACCAGCUCUGAGAGCGCUGCAGGAAGUACAACUAGAUAUCGCUUCACAUCUGACAACAAGAGGACGUGUUUGAUGAACUUUGAUCCUGCAGAGACCUCAGAGACACCACAACACGACUGAAGGGAAUGUCUUCUGCGCUCUCUGUGGCUUAAAAUCAAGUCUGGAAUCAGUUUUUAGCGUACUAUGGAAAUUCUUUUUUGUGGUUAUUGACAGCGCACCGAGGCGUCCCCGGAUCCAAAUACUUUAUUGUAUGUAAAAGUUCAAGCUGUAGACGAGAGCGCGAUUCAUAAUUUGGUGGUGGUCUCCUUGCAUAACACCAAAGACAAACAGAAUCUGGUGGUAAGAAGGAGCGAGGUCCCGUUUACCGCAGCCCUCCAGAGGUCUUUGCUUGUGGCACAUACAUAUCAGAGAUUCCAGAGAGAAAUAUUAGCUGCUUCUUCUUCACUAUAACCCCUGUUGCUGUAACAGCCUCAACAAGUCAAGAGUGAGUCUGGGCUAGAACAGCCUCAGAUCAGCAGAUAACACUUCUGCACAGCAGGAACAGGUUGGACUAGUUUAUAAGUUGGGGAAGAGGGCAGGGCAGUUUAACCCUGCCUGAAGGAGAGCUGUGAGUUUUUUUUUCUCCUCCUGCUUGUCCUUUUGGGAGAAAGUAGUGUGCUGAGAGAAGGGAGUGAGCAGGCUGAGCUUUUCAUUGUGACCCUCUUCACUAUGCUUAGCGUUAGAUGAGGUGUUUUUUCUUCUUCCAGGGGAGAGAAGGAGAAAAAGAGAGAGAGAGAGAGAGUGAGACAGGGAGAGAGAGAGAGAGAGAGAGGGAGUCAAAGUGUAAUUUAUUGUUUCCUGUGAAAGGGCAGGCUGCACCCUUUUCUCCUGCCUGAACUCUGAACUGCUCGGUGUGCGUCUGAAGUUUUCUCAGACCUCAGGAGCCACUCGUUUGAGGUCACAGGAGAAAACACAAAGGUGAAAGACGAGAAAAGAGAGUUAAAGAAGAGAGCACCGGCAGAGCAAACACAGCGUUUGCAAGGACCUCCAGGACACGAGACGGCAAGGCGAGAGAGGUCAACGCAGAGUCCGGGACGACUUUUCAUCACACACUCACACUUUUUUCAUCUCCUUCUUGUGGACAAAACCUGCUGUGAAUAUCAACCUGGAGUCCUAGUAUUUAGUCUGAGACUUCAAAGGGCGGUUGAAAGCGGGGCUGGACAGACUGUGUCUGCGUGUUUGUGUAUGUUUCCCUCACUGGGCUGUGUGUGUCAGAUAAUAUGGCCAUGGUGAGCGGGGGAUGGGGCAACCCCAACGGGGACACCAGUGGACUCGGGGAGAAGGCGUACCUGAGGAGGGAGGAAGAGGACGGCUCUCCCCAGGCUGGAAGCAGCGAUGUGGACGUAGGGGACGAGGACAAGGCCUGCGUGGUGGACUGUGUGGUGUGCGGGGACAAGUCCAGCGGGAAGCACUACGGCGUGUUCACCUGUGAGGGCUGCAAGAGCUUUUUCAAAAGGAGCAUCAGGCGAAACCUCAACUACUCCUGCAGAUCGAAUCGAGAAUGCCAAAUAGACCAGCAUCACCGCAACCAAUGCCAGUACUGCCGCCUGAAGAAAUGCUUCCGCGUCGGCAUGCGCAAAGAAGCAGUCCAGCGGGGCCGCAUCCCUCCAUCUCACUCAGGUAUCAGUCCCAACUCCCUGGCCGGCGGUGGGGGUGCUGUGGGCCCCGGCCACGUUGGGGGAGACUACUUCAACGGCCAGCCGGUGUCAGAGCUCAUCUCCCAGCUUCUCCGCGCUGAGCCCUAUCCCAGCAGCCGCUAUGGGGCCCCGUAUGGCCAGGCCCAGAUGCAGACCUCUGCCACCGGGGCCUCCGUUAUGGGUAUCGACAACAUCUGCGAGCUGGCGGCCCGGCUCCUCUUCAGCACCAUCGAAUGGGCCAGGAACAUCCCAUAUUUCCCAGAGCUGCCUGUGUCAGAGCAGGUGGCUCUGCUGCGGCUGAGCUGGAGCGAGUUGUUCAUCCUCAACGCGGCUCAGUCCGCCCUGCCUCUGCACAUGGCUCCCCUGCUGGCAGCAGCCGGCUUCCACUCCUCUCCCAUGUCUGCGGAGCGGGUGGUGUCCUUCAUGGACCAGGUCAGGGUGUUCCAGGACCAGGUGGACAAGCUGACCAGGCUGCAGGUGGACUCGGCCGAGUACAGCUGCCUCAAGGCCAUCGCGCUCUUUUCACCAGAUGCGUGUGGUCUGACCGACCCGGCCCAUGUGGAGUCCCUGCAGGAAAAGGCCCAGGUGGCUCUGACGGAGUACGAGAGGUUGCAGUACCCUAACCAGCCUCAGCGCUUCGGCCGCCUGCUGCUCCGCCUCCCCGCCCUGCGUGCCGUUCCAGCCAACCUCAUCUCGCAGCUCUUCUUCAUGCGGCUGGUGGGCAAGACGCCCAUCGAGACGCUGAUCCGAGACAUGCAACUAUCAGGGAGCUCAAUCAGCUGGCCCUACGCACCAGGACAGUAGACCUGAGCACCGGAGUGAGACGGAAAGAGAUCAGACAGGGAGGAGGCACUGCCCACAGUAAUUAGAUAAAAGUCAAACUGAUAGAAUAAAUAAGGUUUUGGUGGACGUCCCACUGAAGCCUCCUCCCAGGGAAUGGAAAAGAAUGAAAUGUAUAAAGCAAUGGUGAUAAUUGUGUUAUCUUUAUAUGUGUUUGCAGCACUUCUCAGUUUAGGUCUGACCUCUCUGAUCUCUUUCUGUCUCAUUCCGGCCAAGAAAAAACAGGGCUUUGAAAAUUCAGACUCUAACAUGAGGCUGUGUGCCUAUACUACCUCCUCCCACUUCGCCCCUUAUGUGACUCGGUUUGAGCCCAGGCUCUGCGUGUUCCCUCUCUGCUUUAUUUUUUAGGGAAAUGAAUGCCACAGCAGCGCCACUUUUGAAGCAAAGUAGCCCUACAUCCAGGCAUCUUUUCAGAUCAUACCAUUGUUGUAUUAUGUUUAAUGUCUGAUGUACCCCUUAGCAGAGUGAACUGGUACCAAGUGUAUUUGUGCAGACAAUUCUAGAGAUAACCGUUAUGUGAAAUAUCACCUUGCACAGUGGUAAUGCAAAAUAGAGGCGUGGACAUUAUAUUGUAUAUUAUUAUGUGUAAUGUUACGCCUGAAAAAUUAAGUACAUUACGUACUUAAUGUUGUGUUGUUGAUAACUGUGCAAAUAAUCAGAGAGGAAGUGAAGGUGAAUGUAUGACGCAACAACCUCUCACACACACCCUGGCUCCUCAGACAGUCACAUCCCUGUCUUACAUUAUUACCUCAUGUUUUAUACAUCGAAGACAAAGAUUGUAUAGUGAACUCUAUGUGCUAAAGAUGAAUACAAAAGGGAUCAAGGCAUUGCUAUCACCAAACUCAUCCAUAAAGAGACGUGUCUCUCCAGCAGACCUGCAGGCAGAACCCAUUUGAAAACUUUAAAAAGUAAAGUUUAAUUUAAAAGGACACCCAACAGCUGAGACAUCAUCUGCAGCACAGGGGUUGCUGCAACAAGCAAACCCUCAUGCUUUAUUCCCACAAACAGCUGAUGCAUAUUCAUUUAUUUCUUUCCCCCCUGCUCUGCUAAUCAUAGACUAUUUCCUUGCCUUUAUUUGGGUUAGAGGUUUUUCUUCUCUUACAUCUAUGGUCCCUUUAAAAGCUUUGUAAACCAGUGAGUUAAAAGAUAGCCUAAUGGACAGAGCUCAUUUUAAAUUAAUUGAUAUUAUUAAGAUUAUGCAAGGUACUCGAGCCUUUGAGGUACAAAGGUUAUGGAGGUGUAAAGGUUUUGCUGGUGCGGUUAUAAAGGCUGCUAGUAAAGAGCGUAACCUUUAUACCUGAAGACACAAUGCUGUUUGAUGGUACUGUGAGAGAGGGUACUAGGUUACUGUGUUCCUGAGUGCCAUCGCCACGGACUGCAGCUCAGCGUGACAAGUGUGUGUCCUGCCAAAUUACUUACUUGAAAAUAUAAAACUGUGUGGGGACAGACAUGUUUUGGUAUACAUUUUUGUAUUU